AUGUCAGAAAUCCCAAACACAGAUCCAGAGGGAAUAGAUUCAGUCCGUAUGACAUGGAACAACUGGCCCAGAACCAAAGUAGAAGCAUCCAAAUGCGUUAUCCCUUUAGCCGCAUCAAUCUCCCCAAUACGUCCAAACCCAGAAAUCCCAACUCUCCCUUACCUUCCUCUUCGUUGCAAAACCUGCACAUCAAUCAUGAAUUGCUUCUCGCGUGUUGAUUUCACCGCCAAGAUCUGGAUCUGUCCUUUCUGCUACCAACGCAACCAUUUUCCUCCCCAUUAUUCCAUGAUCUCCGAGACCAAUCUCCCAGCUGAGCUGUAUAGCCAGUAUACGACGAUAGAGUAUACUCUUGGUGACAAGAAUCAUAAUCCAGUUGGGGAAUUUGAUUCCAAGUCUGUUUUUUUGUUUGUUUUGGAUACUUGUAUGAUCGAAGAGGAAUUUGAGUAUGUGAAAUCGGAGGUUAAGAGGGCAAUUGGGUUGUUACCGGAGAAUGCAAUGGUGGGUUUUGUAUCUUUUGGGACGCAAGUGCAAGUUCAUGAAUUGGGGUUUAGUGAUAUGUCGAAAGUUUAUGUUUUUAGAGGGACUAAAGAGAUUAGUAAAGAUCAGGUUAUGGAGCAAUUAGGUAUCGGUGUUGCUGUUAGGAGGAAUAUUCCUGGUGGUGGUGUUGGUGCGUAUCAACAGCAGAAGGGGAUGCCAAUGCAGAAUUCUGGUGUGACCCGGUUCUUGUUGCCGGCUUCUGACUGUGAAUUUACGCUCAAUUCGCUCUUGGAUGAGUUGCAAACGGAUCAGUGGCCGGUGGCACCAGGAACUCGGGCUUCAAGGUGUACUGGAGUAGCACUAAGUGUCGCAGCUGGAUUGCUUGGAGGUUGUUUGCCUGGUACUGGAGCUAGAAUUGUAGCUUUAGUAGGUGGUCCUUGCACCGAAGGGCCAGGCACGAUUAUAUCAAAAGAUUUGUCUGAUCCUGUACGUUCCCACAAGGAUCUUGAUAAGGAUGCAGCACCGUACUUUAAGAAAGCAGUCAAAUUUUAUGAUAAUCUUGCAAAGCAGCUUGUCAGCCAGGGUCAUGUUUUGGACCUUUUUGCAUCUGCUUUAGAUCAGGUUGGGGUUGCAGAAAUGAAAGUUGCAGUAGAAAGAACUGGUGGUCUUGUUGUUCUCUCAGAAAGUUUUGGACAUUCGGUAUUUAAGGACUCCUUCAAGCGUGUAUUUGAAAAUGGAGAACAUUCUCUUGGCCUCUGUUUCAAUGGAACACUUGAGAUUAACUGUUCAAAGGACAUCAAAAUACAGGGGAUUAUUGGACCUUGCACCUCUAUGGAGAAGAAAGGACCAAGUGUUUCUGACACAGUCAUUGGUGAGGGGAAUACGACAGCUUGGAAGAUGUGUGGCCUUGACAAGAGUACUUGUCUGACCGUCUUCUUUGAUCUUUCAUCAAGUGAAAAGUCAAAUGCUCCUGGAGCUGCAAAUCCACAGUUAUACUUACAGUUUCUUACAAGUUAUCAAAACCCUGAGGGUCUUAUGUUGCUUCGGGUUACAACCGUCACUAGAAGAUGGGUAGAUAGUGCUGUUAAUUCAGAGGAAUUAGUACAAGGUUUUGACCAAGAAGCUGCAGCUGUGGUAAUGGCGAGAUUAACAUCCCUGAAAAUGGAGUCAGAGGAGGGGUUUGAUGCCACUAGGUGGUUAGACAGAAAUCUCAUUCGCCUCUGUUCCAGAUUCGGUGAAUAUCGGAAGGAUGAUCCAACAUCCUUUACAUUGAACUCGUUUUUCUCUUUCUUCCCUCAGUUUAUGUUUAAUCUGCGAAGAUCGCAAUUUGUACAGGUUUUCAAUAACAGCCCGGACGAGACGGCUUAUUUCCGCAUGUUGUUAAACCGUGAAAAUGUUACCAAUGCUGCUGUUAUGAUUCAACCAUCGCUAAUAUCAUAUUCAUUUAACUCACUGCCUCAACCUGCAUUAUUGGAUGUCGCUUCUAUUGGAGCUGAUCGUAUUCUCUUACUGGAUUCAUACUUCAGUGUUGUCAUAUUUCAUGGAAUGACAAUAGCUCAGUGGCGUAACUUGGGUUACCAGAAUCAGCCAGAGCACCAGGCAUUUGCACAGCUAUUGCAAGCACCCAAAGAAGAUGCCCAAAUGAUCAUUCAUGAUCGUUUCCCUGUUCCUAGAUUGGUGGUAUGUGACCAGCAUGGAUCCCAGGCAAGGUUCUUAUUGGCAAAGUUGAACCCAUCAGCUACAUACAAUAAUGCCAAUGAGAUGGCUGCUGGGUCAGAUGUAAUAUUCACGGAUGAUGUGAGCCUUCAAGUUUUCUUUGAGCAUCUUCAGAGGUUAGCUGUGCAGUCUUGA